AUGCGUCUUCAUGCUGCCGGAUUCGCCCUUGCAGCAUGCCUGGUGCCCGCUGCCGCCGUCGACGAGGACGACGCAUAUCACAUUGACUUCCAUCAUGCCCUGAUAGGCUUUCCGAAACACGCCUCCACUUUCUUCCAGAAGCCCUAUGCAACCUCAAAGGCCUCGCUCCUCUACACCCUCUCCGACGACAACAUCAUCGCCGCCCUAAACCCGAAAGAUGGAGCAUUGGUGUGGCGCCAGGCACCGCCUGCAGACGCAUCCGCGAAGAGCACCCUGAGGGCAGGCGAGGACCAGGACACGCUCGUCAGUGCCCUUGGGGACCGCAUCACGGCAUGGAGCGCGGCCGACGGAAGGGUCGUUUGGGAGAACAGGGUCCAUGGCGCCACUGUCGAAGACUUGGAGAUUCUCGAACAAGAGGAUGGCAUCACAGAUACCGAAGCAAAGGACUCGAUUGUUCUGCUGAGCGGAGCCACGCCGAGCGUGCAGAGGGUCGAUGGCAAGACGGGGCGUGUCAAGUGGACAUAUCAGGAUACCAGCGGCGAUACGCCUUUCCAAGUCUCGUCCUCGCCCACCACCAUCUUCUACAUUUCCCUGCAUACGCCCAUGCUUGGGGGAUGGACCAAACUCAGGAUCACGUCCCUCAGCCCCAUAACAGGAAAGAUGACUGAUCACUACACCCUCAACUCUGAAAUAUCAUCCCGCGAGGAUAUGGUGUUCGCCGGAGCCAACACCGCGGCCCCUCUGCUAGCAUGGACGGACAAGACCAAUAAGGUGCUGAGAGUGAACAUCAUUGGGACCAAGGCUGUCUCAACCUUCACCAUUCCGUCCAAAGACCCUGUGGAACGCGUUGUCCUGCAUGCCCCCAACCGCGUCAACUCCCUCCCGCAUUUCCUGCUCGAAUACCAAACGGCCCAUGGGCACUCGGCCGAGGUGUUCCAUGUCGAUCUGAUGAAGAAUACCAUCUCCAAGGCCUACGACCUGCCCCAUCUGUCCGGACGCGGUGUGUUCGCCACGAGCACCUCGGAUGCCAAUGUGUACUUCACAAGAAUCACCGCAGACCAAAUCACUCUGGUAUCCUCUGCCUCGCAUGGCGUCCUGGGCCGCUGGCCUGUUAAGGACUCCCCUGCGUUGGCUGGCGCCUACCCAGUUCACGGUGUUGCUGAAGUCGCCGUGAAGUCCCAGACCGCAUCGGCUGUACGAUGUGCCAUUCUGUUCUCCAACGGCGAGUUUGCCCUUGUUCGAAAUGGCGAGAUUGUAUGGACGCGCCCAGAGUUCCUAUCCCACGCUGUUUCGGCUGGGUGGGCUGAACUUCCAGAAGAGGAGGCGCUUGCACAUGAGCUCGAAGUGGAGGGUCACCAAAGCAUUCUUGCAGCGUACAUCCACAGAGUCAAGAGGCACGUCCGGGAUCUGGAGCAUUUGCCUGCCUGGCUACAGGCUCUUCCAAAGCGUGUAUUAGGCAGUUUCAGCUCAAAGGCCGAAGACGCCACCAUGGAUGAAAUCCAGCAUGAUACCUUUGGGUUCCAUAAACUUGUCGUCGUGGCUACCAAGGAGGGCAGACUUGCCGCCCUGGAUGUUGGUGCUAAAGGCAAGCUGAUGUGGAGCACGGAUCUGGCUCACUUUGCGCCUGGAACCACCUUCCACGGCCCUUCACUCAAACCCGACCGCGGCUACAUUGAGGUCACAGACGAAGGCUUCGAUGGCACUCUGUACAUCAAUGCUACAACCGGAAACCUCAUCUCCUCUGAACACAUUCAAAUCCACCUCCCCGUCAAUGCCCAAGGCGAGAAGCUGGUCGUCUUCGACCUGGUGGAUGGUGAACUCCGAGGCUUUCUCGGCCUGGAACCUUCCUCCGAACCCGUCUGGACCUUUGCACCGCCCAAAGGCGAACGCAUCGUAAGCUACACGGCGCGCUCGACCUCCGACCCCAUCGCCUCCAUCGGUACCGUCCUUGGGGACCGCCGUGUCCUUUACAAAUACCUAAACCCCAACCUCGUCCUCGUUACCGCCGUCGCCGACUCAACGCACCGCGCCUCCCUCUAUCUCCUCGAUUCCGCCUCGGGAGAUCUCCUGUAUUCUGUUUCUCAUGAUGGCAUCGAUACCACACGUCCUAUCCCCUCUGUGAUCUCCGAAAACUGGCUUUCGUACAGUCUCACCUUAGAUGCGACCUCCAGCCCCGAGUCACGCGGGUACCUCCUGAUCGUGGCCGACCUCUUCGAGUCUUCUCUCCCAGAUGACCGUGGCCCGCUCGGCGCCUCGCCCAACGCAUCUACCAUCCAGCCCUCCUCCCCGUCGGCAGGCGAAGCAGCGAAACCGCACGUUGUGAGCCAAACCUGGCACGUCCCAGAGGAGAUAUCGCACAUGGCCGUCACGCGGACGAAGCAGGGCAUCACGACGAGAGACCUGCUGGUCACGCUGCCGAAUUCGAAUUCAAUUGUUGCGAUCCCGAGACCGGUGAUUGAUCCCCGGCGACCGGUCGGUAGGGACCCAAAUGCCAACGAGGCAGCGGAGGGAUUGGCGAAGUACACGCCGUUCAUCCCGUUGGACCCGAAGUGGGUUCUCAACCACAAGUACGAGCUCUUCCACAUCAAAGGGGUUAUCACUUCGGCGAGUAAUCUGGAAUCCACGAGCCUGGUCUUUGCGUACGGGGGCGAUGUGUUUGGGACGAGGGUCGCGCCCAGUGGGGUGUUUGACCGGCUGGGCAAGGGCUUCAACAAGGUGCAGAUGGUGGGUACGGUAGCGGCAUUGGCGCUGGGCGUGUUGGUGGUGAGGCCGAUAGUGGGGAAGAAGGGGGUGGAUGCGCUGUGGAGGGGGAGUUAG